CCGUUGGGUUUGCUUAUUGCUAUUUGCUAGCACAAGUUGCAACUAAGUUAGUUGAUAAUGCGGAUAAAGCGUAAAUAAACUGUUAUUUAAAAUACAUUUUAGUUUAUAUAAGUACUCGAUGAAGUGAAUGGUGCACGUGUCAGUUCAUAUCACAGUGUUGUUUUAUGUUUAUAACUCGUGAGUGUUGUUGAUAAAGAGUUAUUCAUAAGUUCAUAACCUCCAAGGAACGAUGGAUGUGGAAGGCGUGAUGGUGUCUUACAACUACUCGGAUGACGGUGAGCUCGCCAACAUCCUGACCGUCGCAGCAUCAGGCAUCAAAUUCUCCAAGCGCUGGGUCCUCACACAUGGCUCCAUCCUCUCACCGCUCAAGCAGGCGAAGGUCAUAGCGGAUGCCAGAGGGAAGGCCAUCAUCAACGAGGAGUUCUAUAACCAGCUGCCCGAGAUCUAUGUCACGUGUGAGAAGAAGCAGACAGUAGAGCCGGUAUACCGCGAGGUGGAGAAAAUCAGCAGAGAAAGGAGUUUGGACAGUAAUAUUGACUUCGAUCACAGCAGCUACCAGGUCCGAGUGUUGACGGGGCGAAUAGUCCACGUGUGGCAGUGUCCGGUGCUGGAGCGGUGUGUAGACGAUGUGCUAUACAGCUGGACUGUGGGCUACCGAGACGUUGAUGUGGACAAGCAGAGCAACCUGGGGAAGGCCCUACUCUCCGUGUUCGUGCUCGUGGACUUGGAGAGCGAAACACCAGGUCUGAAGACUCUACGCCCUCUGUCGGAGCUGUUCGACAUGGUCCGCGCACCCCCCGAGCGAGGCGCCAACAUCCACGUUCACUCCACGCCCUUUGGAUGUGAGGUAUUUUUAAAUGCCGUCACCACCGGUACGGUUUGUGGCCUUGUUGGCAAAAGACCGUCGCUGCUCCUCACUGAUGCGGCAACAGCCCUAGGCUCCGAAGGUGGACCUGUCUUCACAGAGGGACCAACGAGACAGCUAGUGGGUGCGGUGGUAUGCAGCCUGUCCUGGUGUCGCGGCGAGUGGGUGGGCCUCACUCUGGCGGCGCCACUACGCUCCGUGCUGGCUGCCAAGUUGCGGGUGUCCCCUGAGGCCGCUGCGCGCGCACUACCCUCGCCGCUGCACGCUGCUAUACUUGAUCGUAUCGACCGUGUCACCAUGCUAGUGCGGUGCGGCUCUGCGUGGGGUGCAGGCGUCUACCUCGGCGGAGGGUACGUGGUCACGUGUGCACACGUCGUUAAAAACCACGCCUCAAACAAAGUGUCGGUGUACUGCCAAAGCGGGAUGGAGACCGCGAUAGUCCGGUACAAGAGCAAGGAUGACAUCGCUUACGACCUCGCUCUCUUGUUCACCAACCCGCAGUGCUGGUCACACCUCCUGCCGGCAGACUUCUCCGAUGACCCCGCUGAGAAAGGCGAACCCGUGCUGGCAGCGGGAUACCCGUACUUCAAUGAGAACAACCUGCAGGGGCUCAAGCCGACCGUGACCAGCGGCCAUGUCAACACUGCCUCGCCCUCCAUGCUGCAGACCUCCUGCUGUGUGCAGUCCGGCUUCAGCGGCGGCCCCAUAUUCCGCAUUAGCAGGAGCUCCCGCGUGGAGGUUCUGGGCAUCAUCGUCAGCAACGCCAAGACGGUGACGGGCGCCUGCUACCCUUACAUCAAUAUGGCCGUGCCCGCCACCGCGUUCCUCAGACUGGUGCAGCAGUUCAUCCUGGAUAAAGAUGCCAGUAAACUAUCGGCGAUCGAACACAAGGAAGAUAUGAUUCAGUCACAAUGGAGGUUACUGCCGUACAGAUCUAAGAUAUAAAAAAUACAUAUUUUCUAUUAUUAUUGACACGAACAGAUAAAAACCGAAAUAAUCAAUCAGCAGAAAUUUAAAUUCAAAUAUUUUUAUUAAGAAAAGGAUUUUUAUACCACUUAUUACAUUAAAGUACCCAUUACGAAACCUCUGACUCAGACCUGAGAAGAACGGGUGUAUGAAACUCAUCGGAACUAUUUUUUAUGCAAAUUGCAUUACAAUUAAACUGGGAACCAUCGCUUAAUUCCCAAGGUGUGGUAUCAUUUAGAAAUAGAACCAGACCGAGAUUUUUGUACCUCCUCUGGGCUACAACACAAUGAAAUGCCAUUAAUUUUAAACCAGACCGUUGCAAAGUGACGACACAUCGUUAAAAUGAACUGCAUUCGUAAAAGAAAAAAUAUUCGACUGAAUUAUUUACUUCGGAAUCUAUGCCACUAGACGAAUUACUAGAGGAAGCAUUAGAAACACGUGUUUGGACCAGACCCAAGAUUUUAAGAAUCACCGGACCUGCAUUACUUAAAGAUCUACGCCAAAUAUACAACUAUGAGACUGGCAGCCAUAAUUAAAUUGAAAAUCAAUUUCACGCGUUACUUAGUCACAAUAAUUGUCGGGUUUCAAAAUGUUGCAAAUUUAUACCAGAACUUUUUGUCGACAUCUUCAAGGCAUUGAAUGGAAAAGGACAAACGAGUUCAUCUGAUGCUAUGUGAAUAUCGCUGCCCAUAUUCUCUUACAACAACAGAGGAAACACAGGAGCGUUGCCAGCCUUUUAGAAAAAUGCACUUUUUUUAAGGUUAAUUUAUCUGUACUAUUAAUAUUUAUCUGUACCCAUGUCGUAACGUCCUGGAAACACCGCACAAGGAAGCUCUAUACGCGUGUUGUGUGAAGGUAGAAUUCGGCGGAAUCAGGUCAAAUAGUUGGAGCAGCUCUGCAUUGCUCACGAACAAAAUAUUUGAGCUGAUACUGGGGUACGCCAGACGAGAGAUGACAGCAAUACUCCGUAUGUGGCCGGACCUGCGCUUUCUACAGCGUUAGAAUGUGGGCCGGCCAUUUUAACGGCCUCCACCAGUAACGCCAGUUAGGCCGCAGCUGAGCGGAGGGAGGGCUAGUGGGAGGCUCCUUUGCACAGGAUGCCGGCUAGAUUAUGGGUACCACAACGGCGCCUAUUUCUGCCGUGAAGCAGUAAUGUGUAAGCAUUACUGUGUUUCGGACUGAAGGGCGCCGUAGCUAGUGAAAUUACUGGGCAAAUGACUUAACAUCUUGUGUCAAGUUGACGAGCGCAGUUGUAGUGCCGCUCAGAAUUUUUGGGGUUUCAAGAAUCCUGAGCGGCACUGCAUUGUAAUGGGCAGGGCGUAUCAAUUACCAUCAGCUGCACGUCCUGCUCGUCUUGUCCCGUAUUUUCAUUAAAAAAAAAAGCUAAGGUCGGUUGAAUCGGUUAUAAUUUUUGUCCUUUACGCAGGAU